AUGUGGGGGGUCGGAGUGGCGACUAUAGUGACUGUGAUAUGGCGGUGGAACGUGGAUCGACGGCAUCCAGACGGUAGAAGGCAGCAAUCACUGCAGGAGGCGAGACAUAGGGCUCGUGGAGCGAUAGUACAAGUCUAUGAACGAUAUCGUUUGGGACUGCUGCCCAUCACGACGAGUACGGAAAAUAGGCUGCGAGUGGCGGGGGCAAUUGUCUCUCACUGCAGAGAAACGGAGAGACUGCUGGAUGCAGAGGAGAAGAUCAGGUACACACGGGUGGGAUUCUUUGACAGGGGGUCACACGGCAACCCGGUCCCAGGUGGAAGUGGAAGCGUCAUCGUCCAGACAAUGAUAGAUGGGGUGGGCAUGACCCCGGUGUGGGCAGCAGCUACAGCACUCGGCAGCAAAAGGAUGACCAACAAUGUGGCGGAGUUCGUCGCCUACACAGGGUUUUGGUUCCUGCGGCAGCCAGAGGAUGGAGAAACUUGCACAUAG